CUCCUGGAACCAAUGCUCCUCUGAGCUCUAUCAGGAGCUGGAUCUAGUGCCAGGGGAGAGACUCAUUUCUCUUUAGUGAGCUUGGUCUCAUGCCCGGAGUGCCAAGUGGGCACGACUGGGAGUCCUGGUGGACAACAGGAUGACCAUGAGCCAGCAAUGUGCCCUUGUGGCCAAGAAGGCCAAUGGCAUCCUGGGGUGCAUCAAGAACAGUGUGGCCAGCAGGUCGAGGGAGGUCAUCCUCCCCCUCUACUCUGCCUUGGUGAGGCCGCACCUGGAGUACUGUGUCCAGUUCUGGGCUCCCCAGUUCAAGAAGGACAGAGAACUGCUGGAGAGGGUGCAGCAGAGACCUACCAAGAUGAUUAGGGGACUGGAACACCUCUGUUAUGAAGAAAGGCUGAGGGAUUUGGGUCUCUUCAGUCUGGAAAAAAGACGGCUGAGGGGGGACCUUGUCAACACUUAUAAAUACUUAAAGGGUGGGUGUCAGGAGGAUGGGGCCAGGCUCUUUUCAGUGGUGCCCAGCGACAGGACAAGAGGUAACAAGCACAAACUUGAGCAUAGGAAGUUCCACCUAAACAUGAGGAGGAACUUCUUUCCUGUGAGGGUGGCAGAGCACUGGAACAGGCUGCCCAGAGAGGUGGUGGAGUCUCUGUCUCUGGAGACAUUCAAAACCCUCCUGGACACGUUCCUGUGCAACCUGCUCUGGGUGACCCUGCUCUGGCAGGGGGGUUGGACUGGAUGAUCUCCAGAGGUCCAUUCCAACCCUAUGAUUCUAUGAUUCUAUGAUUGGCAAGUUAUAAAAAUGCAUGCACCAGAACAAAGGAGAUGUUCUGGAUCUACAAGGAUCUACAGCUUAAGUGUGCAUAGGGUAUAUCUGCCUCCAGCAAAAGGGACAGGAAGUAGUCUCCAGGCUAAUGGGAGCAUUUCUUUCCUUCUCCAGAAAAGUAUGCUGUUGCUCAGUAUAUGUCACCUUGCAAAGAGGAUGUUGCAGAAAUGGACUAAUGAUGAGGAAAGGUAAGUGAAAGCCAGAAAAAAAAGUAAGCAGAUAAGAAGGUGAAGUGUAAAGCAGCAUGAGCAGAGGGAUUGGCAGGGUGAGCAGAGCAAUAACCAUUCUUGCAGAAAGGGAGUCUUCAGUCUCCGCCAGGCUUCUCAGGGAUCAUCCAGAGACAGUGGCCAGAUCCUGUCCCAUGACACAUGCUCAGUGGACUGCAAGUGGAGACCACAUUGCUGUUCAUGGGAAGAGCUCAGCCUCUAGGAUGAAAGUGAAAGUGCAGAAUAAUGGAGAGACUGGGAAAUACCUUCCGAGUUUUCUCAAAAGCAUCUACACUUAGCAAGGAAUAAUCUACCUACAACUGUACUUGAAAGCCUCCCCUCUGAAGCCUAUGCUUCAUGGGCACAGGCAAGGUGCUUCACACAAACUUACAGAAACCCUUUCCUGGACAGUUAAUCCAUUGUCUGAGGAGAACACUUGAGGUGACGUGAAUCAUGGAGGUGAUGUGUUGACUAGUCAGAGGUACGGUGCUGCCUCGCUGCAAGGGACAUCCAGGUCUGCAUCCUGCUCAGCACAGCAGUUACGCUGGCUGUUAACUGCUGAGCAGUUCCUGAGGGGUUCGGGCACAGCUCGCUGCCAGACCUUGGUCCAGCUUUUGUCUGUUUUGCACAGAAGGGGCUGACUACCCUGUAUCCUGAAACCGUGUUAUAUACUCUGCAGCUGUUGGUGUGUUCUCAUUAAGUUUAUUUCCUUUUGUACUUUCCCCUGCAGGACCAUCAUAAAUGCUGAACAAGCGGUCAAGCACCCUAUCUUCUUUUGUCAUUAAGUGCUGGAAAGGGCCGUUUCACCUUACUAAUCACAGUGGGAGUUUGUGAUGUCAUUUGAGCUAGUGUCUGAUUCCUUGUUUCCUUUCACGGCACAUCUCUCUUGAUCUGUAUCAUAAUCAUGUAUACCUUUCCAUCAAUAAACCUCCCUUUUACAUUGGGCAAUGACUUUUUUUCUGGUUUCACAGAACAAACAUUUCAAUGACAGCCUGCCUGUUAUGGUUGCUGGUUGGGGGAAAAUGGGGAGAAAUGUUGUCUGCUGUGCCUGCAGCACUCAGCCUCCUGUCCGAGCUAUGCCUGAUAAUCAUUGGAACUACUGUAAUAUGCAGCAUGUUCAGUCCCUCCUACCUCCGGAGUGUAGGACUCAUCGCCCACAGCUGCUGAACAGCCCCUCACCAUUCCCCGGUCCUGAAAGGGUGCCACCCCUGCCCCUGUGGCAUAAAAGUAGGGUUUAUGUAUGGACAUCAUGGAGUGACUCUGCAUCACGCUUAGUAGUGGAGAGGGUGAAGAAAUGGGCAGGUUUCCACCCAGACCUGGUGAGUGCCUGAUCCCACAUCCUGGAUCUUACCCUGCCAGGCCCACCUGUCCUCCGGACUGGGCAGAGUUUGUCUAAAAGAGAUGAUGAGCCUGGAUCAUGAUGCCUUGUCUCAGCCACCGGCAAGAAGCCUCCCCCUUCUCCUGCACCUCUUGUCAUCCCCCACUUUGUUAUGCUUGCAGUCGUGGUGGUUUCGGCAAACAGAGACGCUUUUGGGCUGCAGCGUGGCAGAGUCGGUGGGUGGGUGGGUGGGAAGAGCGUGACCCAGGCACUACGGGAGCCCUGGCAGAGGGGACCAAGGGACAGGGAGGCACGGCUGGAGACGAGGGGGCACAGAAGCAUCAGGAGGCCUCGGGAAAGAAAAACGGACGCUGCUCCUCUUUCCCAGAAGCAACAACCGCGCCGGCAGCCCUCGCUGAACCCCGACAGGCUCCCACGGACGCGCCCGGGCGGGGCGGUGGCAGCAGCUCGGACGGGGCGGGCGGCUCCGUGUUCGCCCGCCAGGCGGCGCCCUUGCUCCGUGCCGGUCCCGCCGCAGCUCAGCGACGGUGGGAUCGAGCCCCACGCCGCUCCCAGACAGCGCGAUCCAGCCCGCACCGGCCUCCGUGCAGUGUAGCGGGCACCGAGCAUCCACCAGGCGUGAGCGGGGAGGAAAGGAUGGAUCUGUCAUGGAGUGGAGCGCGGGCCGGGGGACAGGACCCGCCAUGCAAAAGCGUGGACAAGAAUUUAAGCGACGAUGCAAACGGUUCCAGUGCCGAGGACGGGGUUUAUUUGUGCCAUGGGAAUUGCUUUGCUGCUCAUGGGGACUUCACACUGACGGAUCUGCUAAAGACUGAUGUCAUGGCCCAGUUAAGAAGAGGACUUAUAAUGACUGCACUUGUUCUGGAAACUGAACAUAAGCUUUUUUACUGUGGAUGA